AUGCGCGAACUUGGACGCGUUAUCAGGGCAUACGCCAGCGACAGACAACAUACAUGGUGGAGAAUAGUAAGCAGAGCGGAAGAUGUCAUAAACGACACUGUUCAUUCAUCAACGGGUCACACACCCAAUGAGAUUCAUUACAACGUGGAAACACACUGGCACGUUUGCGACGAAUUGCGACCGAUGCCUACACAGCAAGAUGAAGAAGAUAGAUUAGAACGAAUUCAACAAGCGAAAGAUAGAUUAGCCAGUCAGGCUAGAAAGAGAAAGGUACAGGCUGACAAGCAUGAGGUGGCAUCUAGGCUACAACCGGGUGACGGCGUAAUGGUCAAAUUGCACCGCAGAUCGGAUGCAAAUCGAAGGUUGACUCGCAAGAUUCACCUAGUCUACGAUGGUCCAUAUCGUGUGGCGCAAGAAGUGCGUGAAAAUGCCUACUUGAUAGAGAGUUUAGAUGGACAUCCAAAAGGAGUCUAUAACUCACGGCAAUUAAGACCGUACAGAAGACCAAUCCUGAGAGAGGACCAAGAUAAUAGCGACGGGGAAAGUAACAAUUCGCACAGCGAAAAUGAAGAUUCACAUCAGGAAGAUGAUGAUUCGACAAACGAAGAUAUUAAUUCACAACGUGAAGAUUCAGAAGAUUUUGAUAGUCAAGAAGACGAAUUAGAAGUUUGCGUGAUUACUAUGCACGAGUUAACGUCAUCGGAAGAGGACGAUGCCGACUCGGACUGCGAUUGGACAUUGUUAACCCAGACAGCCGAGGAGUACGAUGAACGUUUUAACACAAUAAAUAUUAACAUCAAUGAAGAUCUUAACAAGGAGCAACAUAAUUCUGCCGAAAAGCAAUGUAAAACUAAUCAAUUAUCCAGUACGUCAACAAUGAAGACAACCGAGGAGAAUAAAAAUGAACAAUUAAUAGAGACAAAGAUAAAAAUAGAAAAUGCCGAGGAGCAACUCGAAGAUGCCGAGGAGCAGAAUUAUCAACCAAUUACAUCACAGGAAGAUAUUAAAUAUGAAGUUAAAAUAGAAAUUACCGAGAAGAACACCUCGAGACAAAUAAACAUAGUAAGCAAUGCCGAGGAGCAAUCAAAACCAAUUAAGGAGGAGAUAGGCGAAAAUGCCGAGGAGAACGCCGAGAAGCGUGAUAAACUACCUAAGGAAGAAAAACUUAGCCAAUCCGAUGAGGACAACAUUGAAGAACGAAUAACUGAAAUAGAAAAAGAGAUUAGUGAAAAAUUAAGUGCUAUCAAGAAAGAAGAAGUGGGGGAGCCUUUCGAUAAGAAAAAUGACUCCUUCAUUCACAUCAAGAGGGUUCGUACUUACCUGAGGAGCGGAAGUGAAAAUUCUAGCAACGAUCCAGGAAACCAAGACGACCUGAAACAUAAAAACAAAAAAUUAAAAUCAAAUAACAAAAAUAAAGAAGAUACUUACCAAAGGAGCGAAAAUGAAGAAGAGGACUUCAGCGAAGAUCCAGAAGACAAGGAUGACUAUAAAAAAUGGAAAAGAUUGAAAGAUUACUACAAGGAUUCCAGUGACGAAUCGGAAGACGAAGAAAAAGAAUAUAAUAGAUGGAAGAGAAGAAAAAAGCAAGUAAUGGAGAUAAUAAAGAAAAAUAAUAACUACCGAGCUGAAGAUUGCCGAGAAGAAGGAGCGGUGGAACGAGAAAACUCGAAGCCAGCAAACGUUGCGAAUCCCGUAACGAAAGUCAAAUCGCUAUUGGCGGAAAGGUUUCACUUAGCAUCCUGCAGUCAAUUGACUGAUUCUGAAACAGAAAACGAAGAAAAGGAUAAUAAUUUGGAAAACAAAGAAACCGAAAAUAGAGAUGACCAAUUAGAGUCACCGGACGAAAUUAUGUUGAGUGAGAGCAGUAUGAGCGAAGGAGAAGAGCGAGAAAUUGCAAAUUGUUUCAAUCAGAUCCAGGAGAUAAUUAACAGAAGAUUUAACGGCGACAAUGUCAAUAACGACAGCCAACAACGCGAAAAUGCGAAUGAACAUCCAGAGGACAACGAUUCAUCCGAUGGACAUAGUCAAAAUGACGAAAAUGAUAAUAACCAACCAGAAGAAAAUGAAAAUUACGAUAGCGAAGGAGAAAAAACGAUACAUUCGUCAAGAGGAUCAACAAGAUCAUUUAACAGAACAUUAGAAGAAGAAUUAUUCAUGGAUAUGCAAGAUCCAAGCGAAAUAGUAUUUUCCGAACAGGAAAGAUUAAAUAUAAUAAGUUACAACAUAAAAUUCAGAAGCAAUCCAGGACAUUGGAUACGCGAGCCAAUCAACGGCGAGUUAGAAGUUGCAGCGAGCGACGGAUGUGAAACAGCCUUAACGCGUGUGCGCGACACACUGCGUGACGAGCGCCAUAACGGCAGAUUUGAUCGAGCAGCCGUAGUGAACGGACACUCGAGAGCUCGAGUCCACAGAGCUCAGAAAAAUUAUAUCGAUAUUCGAAAAGUGCCACAGAACGAGAAGAUGAGCCGAGAGAAGAGAAGACUGGAGAGAUGGGAGGAUAACCUACAAC